AUGAAUUUGCAAACAUUUAGCAAUUUAAAUUUGAAAAGUGAUCCUACAAGUGAAGCUGACUUACAAAAAAGUAUUGCAAAUUUAUAUUAUGGCCGAAAAAGGCUUGCUGCUUUGAUGGGUGAAAAGAAAAAGUGGCUGAAUGCUCAGAGAAGAGCAAGUCUACUAAUCCAACCAUGCAAAAUUGAUGAACUAAAUGUGAUGUCAAAGUUUCCUUCAUUACUGCAUACUGUUGCAACUGCCCAAUUAUCUGAAGAACAACGUCAGGAUCAGCUUAACUUAAUUGAACAAAUUAUACAAGAGUCGAUUAUAAUAGAAUGGCCUAAAGUAUUACAUGAUAAAUGCCAUAGCAACGAAAAUCAUCUACUUGGUGUGGAGUUAGAUUUUGCUCCCUUAAUUCAUCGAGCUCGAAAUGUUGUUAAAUGUCGGACAUCACACCCAACAAUGAGAGUAAGAGUUUGCGCAAUUGCUGAGCCAAGUUCUGACCAAGUUUAUCCGAAAGUGAUGGAAGCGCUCUUUCGUGCCACUCUUGUCAAAUUAUCUAACGAUGCAGGAGAAAGGCAAAUUGCUGGUCGGCUAAUUUUGACCCAACGUGAAGGUACAUCAGCAACAAAAUAUCACGACCAAAGUGGUGUAGCGGUAAAUAUGAACGGAAAAUUGCUCGUAAAUCAAGCAAGACCUGAAUGUUCUACCAAUAUUUUAUUAGAGCAGUUUGGUGAAACAGCGAAAAAAACUGAUUUCAAAUAUGAGCACGGAACUCUUUGCGCAAUAUUUCCUGAAUUGGGUGUUACGUUGAAUUCUAUGAUUGACAGACGUCAGCUAUCCACACGUUAUGCAAUCCAAGUAGAUGUAGCGCUGAACAUUGAAAACAAAUUAAUCGUAAAACACAUGGUUUUAUCUCAUGAAUUUCUUAUUGCAAUAACCAAUGAUCAAACAGAAUCACUGCUAAACUUUAUCUACUGGCCUCGACUUCUCGACAGUGAAUACUUUCAAGAUCAACCAACUGAAAUUGGGAAUCAUUCAAUGAAUGGCAGAAAACCAAAUGUACCAUGGGGUAUUUUGAAGGAAGCCCUUCAAUACUUUGUGAAGACUCAGUGCAGCUCAGCCCGUCCUUUGGAUAGAGAAGAAUUAUUGCAUGUACAAUGCAUGCUUUUUUAUCCAAAAUUGAAAAAGGCAAGUAAACAAGAAUGUGAGCAGUUGGAACAGCACUUUUUUGGAAAUAUACGAAAAACUGAUGACAGUGAAAAAAGUAUUCUAAUCAGAUUAAAGCACCGAUUAUUAACGGAAAUGGUAUCCGAUGAUGUAUUAGUUACAAAACAUGAGCUUAUGCUAAAUAAAUGCAUUAGUCUUGCGGAUGGUACCACUGAACUGCGACAUAACCUUUGGCAGUGGUUAUAUCGAGCAACUGAAAUUAUCAUCGAUGUUGGCCAUAAAUUUUGUCCUGCGAUGUCAAAUGCUGAUAAAAAAUGCGCAAAAACAAAAAGACCAAACUUUUCAAUGAAUGAAUGCCAAUCAGCGUUGAGUUUGUACAACAACAGAGUUUUAACUUUAAGAAGCGCACAAAGCGUGAUAGAAGUCUUCAAAACAAUUGACGAAAACGAUAAAAAAUGUGACACAUCAACAAAAGCUAUCUUCUUGAGAUUUUGCGAUGAAAACGUGGGACACGUCUCUUUCGCGUUCUCAAAUAUUCAUAUAGUAAAUGUGACUGUGUUAUGUAGAAAUAACGAUGGCAAGCCUUUGAUGGGUUCGCUGUCGUGUGAACAAAUUAAAGACUUCAAGCAAGGAAUUGCUGAAGUGCUUAUGGAUGAAACUUUCCCAAAACAUUACGAUCGUAUUGUUCAAUUUCAAAUUGACCAGUAUAGCGGGGACAAUAGCAACGAAAAAUUGAUAAUCGCCACACCAUUGCAAUCAAUAUACAUGUACGAUUACGCUGAUAUCUACCAUAUUUUAGCAUAUGUACAAAUGUUACUACACGCUUCUUCGGUAUGUGAGGCAUUUAGCGGUAUUUCAAUGACAGAUUUAAACAUAAACAAUGUAAAUAGCCAAAGGGAAAUAUCAGAACUAAUUCUAGAAGGUUACAAUAAUGUUGAAAAUGGUCGACAAGCUACGACUAACAGACGGAAAAGAAGCACAUUAUUUUUGGAAUCAAAAGGAAAUAUGAAAAGUGACAAGAGUGAAAACGAUUUUUCGAUGAGUAUUUUAAGAGGAGGUCAAAGUGAAAUGCAAAGGCUUGAGGACAAUGAGUUAGAAGCUCUGGAUUUAACUAAGAAACGUGUGAAGCAAAGUAAUAACUGACG